AUGGCGACUAGGUUUGGGUUGAUUCGGGCCCGGGGCCAUUCAUGUAGGGCUCAGCUCGUGCACGACCAACUGCAGAGCUCCAUCAGCGGUGUGCGGUUGCUGGCCCGCCUCUCCUCCUCCUCUUCACGCAGCACUGCUCUCAAGGGCAGCGCCAGCGGCAGCAGCAGCAGUGCUCCCUUAGGGUUUCGCCCUCCCGCUCAUAGACACCAGUACCCCGCGUCGUCGAUUUUCCUGGGGAGAAGAGACAGCGGUAGUUGCGGCAAGGCUCUGUUCUCGUCGACUACAGCAACCAGGCCUGCUCCCGAGGAAGGUGCUGCGCAGGACUCGGACCCGGGCCACAGCAGCAGCAGCAGCAGCGGCAGCAAACCCGGGCGAAAGACGUUUGAUGGGGGAAACAACGACGACAGGCUCGCUAGGCUGGACGAUGGGGAUAAGUACGAGGACUUCUUCGACCUCCGGCUAGCGGAAGCGGAGACCAUCUUCCCGGAGGGCCUCGCCGGCGGCGGGCAGGGCGCCCUGGAGCGGGCGAUGGCCGGCGGCACGUCCACAGCGCUCCUCCGCCGCGAGGCUGCGGACGCGCUGAUCCACUCCCUCGACGCCUUCGCGCCAGAAGACGGGGGGGCGGCGCCGCCGUUCGGCAUCGAGGGCACCUCCAGCGAGAACUGGCGCAAGGUUAGCGAGGCGAGGCAGUACGGUAGCCAGCAGGACGGCGGUGGGUCUAAAGCAGACGCGGCAACGGCGGCGGCGGCGGCGGCAUCGCCAGACGGUGAGGAUCAGGACCACGACGGCGAUGAUGAUGACAUCAUCGGGGAUGUGACGGCAGCGGCCGCGGAGGGGGCGGCGGCGGCGGCGGCGGCGGCCGAAGCGGUUAAGGCGGCGGCCAGGGCCGCGGCGGCGGCGGCGGCUGCGGGCGGGGAAGGGCCGGAGCAGGAGGAGGGGAAGGGAGGGGAGGACAAGAAGGUCCUCGGGAGCGGGCCGGUGUGGGAGGAGAUGAAGGCUUUGGCGGAGUCGAAGCGAAAACCGCUCAAGGGCGUUCGACGCGUGGUGAUUCAGCCUGGUCAGCGCUCGUACCUCUUGACUGGGCGGCGGGGCUCCGGCAAGAGCUGCGUCCUCGAUCAUGCCGUCCUCCACGCCAGGUCGACAGGAUGGAUCGUUCUCUUCGUGCCGGAUGGGAGGAACCUGGUCCAGAAGGGGAUCUACUGCCAGCCGUCCCCUGUCCUGGAAGGGUUGUACGACCUUCCAGUCCAGUCUAUGAAGAGGCUCAAGACUCUUCGGGAAGCUCACGGCGACCAGCUCAAGAACAUCAGCAUCAAGGACCCCGAGGUGCUCGGCCGGCACGAGGGCGCCAAGACGCUGCUGGACGUGAUGGACAUGGGUCUGGCUGACCAAGAACACGCGGGGACGGCUCACUACGACGUGAUGAGGGAGUUGCUGGCGACCACGGAGGCGAAGGUGAUGCUCGCCAUCGACGAGUACAACGAGCUCUUCCAGAUGUCCCAAUGGCACUACGGGGACAACAAGCUGGAAGCGCCGCACCUCACGGCAACCCUGCCGCUCCUGCCGCCUUUGGUCUCGACCGGCACUGGCCUGGCCUUCGCGGACGACUCGGUGGCGGCCCUUGCCAACCCGGAGGUGGUCGCCGAGAGAAAGAGAACUCCUGCAGAGGCGGGGGGGGUGGCCUGGAUGAGCCCGGAGACCGGGGCGGCUUGCCUGCCGCCACCGCCGGCGAACGGCAUCGUGGUUUGCGCCGUGUCCGGGAGGUACCCUCCGUUGAAGAGGCUAAGGAAGAACAAGAAGUGGGUCCCGUUCGAAGCCACCGCGGGCCGGCUGGCGCAAGCCGUGUCGAUUCCGGUCGAGCCGUACACCAGGCGCGAAUUCUUGCGCGUGUUGAAGCACUACGCCAGGGUAGAAGAGGUCGUCAACGAGCCGUUGGACACGAUGGAGGUGGCGAAGGUGCAUGCCAAGUCGGACAGUCUUCCGGAGCACGUGUUCGACACGUGCAGGGCGGGCCGUUACCGCACCGCCGUUCAUGAGCAGUAG